GUUUCCGGAAGUCGCGGCCGGCGUCGCCGCUGCUGCUGCUGCCUCAGCUACUACCGCGGUCGCCGCGGAAUUCGGCGAGUAGAACCGCUGAGGCGGGCGCGGGCCCGGGCCCGGGCGGGGCCGGGGUUCCGGCCACUCUGCAGAAUGGAGAUAAUCAGGAGCAAUUUUAAGAGUAAUCUUCACAAAGUGUACCAGGCCAUAGAGGAGGCCGACUUCUUCGCCAUCGAUGGGGAGUUUUCAGGAAUCAGUGAUGGACCUUCAGUCUCUGCAUUAACAAAUGGUUUUGACACUCCAGAAGAGAGGUAUCAGAAGCUUAAAAAGCAUUCCAUGGACUUUUUGCUAUUUCAGUUUGGCCUUUGCACUUUUAAGUAUGACUACACAGAUUCAAAGUAUAUAACGAAGUCAUUUAACUUCUAUGUUUUCCCGAAACCCUUCAAUAGAUCCUCACCAGAUGUCAAAUUUGUUUGUCAGAGCUCCAGCAUUGACUUUCUAGCAAACCAGGGAUUUGAUUUUAAUAAAGUUUUUCGAAAUGGAAUUCCAUAUUUAAAUCAGGAAGAAGAAAGACAGUUAAGAGAGCAGUAUGAUGAAAAACGUUCACAGGCGAAUGGUGCAGGAGCUCUGUCCUAUGUAUCUCCUAACACUUCAAAAUGUCCUGUCACGAUUCCUGAGGAUCAAAAGAAGUUUAUUGACCAAGUGGUAGAGAAAAUAGAGGAUUUAUUACAAAGUGAAGAAAACAAGAACUUGGAUUUAGAGCCAUGUACCGGGUUCCAAAGAAAACUAAUUUAUCAGACUUUGAGCUGGAAGUUUCCGAAAGGCAUUCAUGUUGAGACUUUAGAAACUGAAAAGAAGGAGCGAUAUAUAGUUAUCAGCAAAGUAGAUGAAGAAGAACGCAAAAGAAGAGAGCAGCAGAAACAUGCCAAAGAACAGGAGGAGCUGAAUGAUGCUGUGGGAUUUUCUAGAGUCAUUCACGCCAUUGCUAAUUCGGGAAAACUUGUUAUUGGACACAAUAUGCUCUUGGACGUCAUGCACACAGUUCAUCAGUUCUACUGCCCUCUGCCUGCGGACUUAAGUGAGUUUAAAGAGAUGACAACAUGUGUUUUCCCCAGACUCUUGGAUACUAAAUUGAUGGCCAGCACACAACCUUUUAAGGAUAUCAUUAACAACACAUCCCUUGCGGAAUUGGAAAAGCGGUUAAAAGAGACACCUUUCAACCCCCCUAAAGUUGAAAGUGCCGAAGGUUUUCCAAGUUAUGACACAGCCUCUGAACAACUCCACGAGGCAGGCUACGAUGCCUACAUCACAGGGCUGUGCUUCAUCUCCAUGGCCAAUUACCUAGGUUCUUUUCUCAGCCCUCCAAAAAUUCAUGUGUCUGCCAGAUCAAAACUCAUUGAACCUUUUUUUAACAAUAGGAUUGCUUCACUUCAGGAUCUUGUGGAGCGUAUUAUAGUACAGUUGAAUCCCGGCUCUGCUCCUUAUUACCUGUGUGGUCUUGGGCUAUUUCUUAUGAGGGUCAUGGAUAUCCCCUAUCUAAACUUGGAAGGACCAGACUUGCAGCCUAAACGUGAUCAUGUUCUCCAUGUGACAUUCCCCAAAGAAUGGAAAACCAGCGACCUUUACCAGCUUUUCAGUGCCUUUGGUAACAUUCAGAUAUCCUGGAUUGAUGACACAUCAGCAUUUGUUUCCCUUAGCCAGCCCGAGCAAGUAAAGAUUGACGGAGUCUUGUCCUGUGGCCCGGGCUGGAGUGCAGUGGCGCAUUCACAGCUCACCGCAGCCUCUACCUCCUGGGCUCAAGCAGUCCUCCUGCCUCAGCCUCCUGAGUAGCUGGGACUACAGAUGUACACCACCAUGCCCAGCUAAUUUUUUAUUUUAUUUAGAGAUAAGGAUUUGCCGUGUUGCCCAGGCUGGUCUUCAAUUCCUGGGCUCAAGCCACCUGCCUGCCUCAGCCUCCAGCGAUCUGCCUGCCUCAGCCUCCUAAAAUCUUGGUAUUACAGCUGUGAGCCACCGUGCCUGGCUGGCACCUGUUUUGUGAUCCAGACCUUCCUUCCAUAUCACAUACCAUGCUUAAACUACCUCCUUCUGUUUAUUUAAUAACAUUUUCAGAAAAUCUAAUGUAAAUGCAUCAAAAAGCAUGCCUUUAACUGAUUAAAAGUGACUCAAGUUCAUUUCCUUUCAGAUAUAUAUAUGUAUUAUAUCUGAAAUACAAUAUAUUGAUAUAUAUUUGAUACACUGUCCAGACAUAGUAGUGUCUUUGCUUCUACCUUUGGUGCCUUUUGUAGUUGGCCAGUAUGUUACUGUUUAUUUAUUCUUGUCACAGAGGAAAUGCACAAAAUAUUCAAUAAAAACCAAAAAAUGAAUAUUUUUCACAUGAAUGUUAAUUUUCUUAAUCUUAAACUGUAUGUAGAAUUCGUUUACAGUAGUGAUCUUGAAUUCUAAAUGUGGCAAUAGAUAAAUGAGUCAAACUGUGGCAUGACUUUUAAAAAAAAGAUUUCUGUUAAGCUUAUUUUGGAGGAGGAUACAUGAUUUUUAUGCUGUAAUUACAGGAUCCUGGAAAGCAUGUUCAGUUGUCCCUUGGUAUCCAUGGGGGAUUGGUUCCAGGACUCCAUGCAGACUUCAAAAUCCAGGCAUGUUCAAGGCCUUGAUAUAAAAUGCUAUAAUUUUUGCAUAUAACCUGUACAUAUCCUCCUGUAUACUUAAAAACAUCACUAGAUUACUUACAUGCCUAACAAUGCAAAUGCUAUGUAAGUAGUUGUUAUAUUGUAUAUUGUUUAGGAAAAAUGACAAGAAAAAAGUCUGUGUGUUCAGUACAGACGCAAUUUUUCCCCCCAAAUAUUUUCCGUCUGAGUCGGUUAAAUCCACAGAUGGGAAACCCACAGAUAUGGAGGGCUGACAGUAUUUCUUUUUAACAGGCAAGAUUUUUACAACAGUGGCUUAUAAAAUACCUCAGUCUGCUAUAGGAGAAUCAUUAUUAGUAAGACAUGUGAAUGUAUGUUUUGUAUGGAUGGAUACCUUCUGAUUAGAAAACUUGUAAAAGCAACUGACUUGUUUUUCUCUAAAUCACUUAAGUCAUCAAAAGCACCAUGGAAAUGUUUAAUAAUACUGACUGAGAAUCUUAUUGUUUUCUGAUAUCCCUAAUGUGUUCAAUUUGGAGAAUUAGCCGUCUUAUGUAUCUCUGCUACGAAAUGUUCAUCAGACAGAUUUAAGAGCAUGACAAUAACUUGGACUCUCCCUAAUUAGCAUUCUUUAGGGCAUUAACUGGUAUGAGAAUAGAGCAAAAAGCUUUCUGACUGCCAGAGGAUUCCCAAGUCCUUGAUAUAAUUACAGCAUUAAAGCGGCUGUUGUGUCCUGUGGCAGUUAGAAUGCAGCCAGGAGAAGGGGAGCACUUGUGCUCUGGAGACCGAAGUUUCAUUCAUAUUCUGUUACAUUGUUUCUUAUCCAUAUUACUGGCACUUGAUUUUUAUGUUUUAGGGCAGCAGUCUUUGGCACCAGGGACUGGUUUUGUGAAAGACAGUUUUUCCACAGAGCUAGGCGGGAGCAGGGGUAGGGAAUGGUUUUGGGAUGAUUCAAGCACAUUACAUUUAUUGUGUGUUUUAUUUCAGUUAUUAUUACAUUGUAAUAAUGAAAUAAUUAUACAACUCACCAUAAUGUAGAAUCAUUGGGAGCCCUGACCUUGUUUUCUUGCAACUAGACAGUCCCAUCUGGGGGUGAUGGGAGACAGUGACAGAUCAUCAGACAUUAGAUUCUGGGAGUGCACAACCUAGAUUCCUCAUAUGUGCAAUUUGCAAUAGGGCUCAUGUUCUUAUGGGAAUCUAAUGCUGCCACUGAUCUGACAGGACGUGGAGCUUAGAUGGUAAUGCGAGCGAUGAGGAGUGGCUGUAAAAACAGAUGAAGCUUUGCUAGCUCACCUGCUGCUCAUCUCCUGCUGUGCAGCCUGGUUCCUAACAUGCCAGGGAACAUAGAUCAGUACAGAUUGGCGACUUCCGUUUUAGGGUCUAUGUUAGCUGGACCUAAGAAUGUUUGCUUUAUGAUGCGGUUUCAGAGUAUUGAAUAAAUCUCUCUAAUUUAAUUGCAAUGUCACUUGUGAAAAAUUGCUUUCAUUGUGCUCUCUCACCCCCUUCAAAAAUUUGAAGUAAAUCAAUCUCAUUGAAAAUGUGAAAAAAAGGCCAGGCGUGGUGGCUGACACCUGUAAUCCCAGUACUUUGGGAGGCUGAGGCAGGCGUAUCACUUGAUGCCAGGAGUUUGAGACCAGCCUGGUCAACAUGGCAAAACCCUGUCUCUACUAACAGUACAAAAAUGAGCUGGGCAUGGUGGCGUUGCACCUGUAGUCCCAGUUACUUGGGAGGCUGAGGCAGGAGAGUUGCUUGAACCUGUGGGGCAAAGGUUGUAGUGAGCCAAGAUCAUGCCCCUGCACUCCAGCCUGGACGACAGAAUGAAACUGUCUCAAAAAAAAAAAAAAAAAAAAGUGAAAAAUAUUUGAAAAUACAAGGAAAACAAUUCAGCCAUGAUCUUACAACCUAGUAAUGAAGUAAAAUUUUGGUAUUUCCUGUCUGUUGCUUUACUCUGCCUAGAUAAGUAUUUUCAUAUUAUUUCCCCUUUAAUUUUAGUUGACGCAUGAUAAUUGUACGUACAUAUUUAUGGGAUUCAGAGUCACAUUUCAAUAUAUGUAUACAGUAUGUAAUGAUCAAAUCAUUAGCAUAUCCAUCAUGUCAAAGAUGUAUUAUAGUUUUGUGUUGUGAACAUUCAAACUUCUCUCUUCUAGCUUUUUGAAAAUAUACAAUAAAUUAUUAUUUAACCACAUUUACCACAUUCACCUUCCAGUGCUGCCAGAACAUCAGAACACAUUCCUCUUACCUCACUGUAAUUUUGUAGGCAUUAACCAGCGUCUCUCUAUCCUCCUCUUCCCUCUAUCCUUCCGCGCCUUUAAUACUCCCAAUUCUACUCUCUACUUGAGCUCAAAGCUUUUCAGCUCCCACAUACGAAUCAGAACAUGCAUUUGCCUUUCUAUGCCUGCCGUAUUUUGCUUAAGCUAAUGUCUUCUAGGCUCAUCCGUGUUGCCAUAAAUGACAGAAUUUCAUUCUUUUUUAUGGCUAAAUGGUAUUACAUUGUGAUAUAUACCACAUUUUCUUUAUCCACUCAUCUUUUGACGAACAUUUAGGUUGAUUCCUUAUCUUAGCUAUUGUGAAUAGUGCUGCAGUAAACAUGGGGGUGCAGCGUAUGCCUUUGACUUUCUUUCCUUCAGAUAAAUUUCCACUAAUGGGAUUGCUGAAUUGUAUGGUGGUUCUGUUUCUAAUUUUUUGAGGAACUUCCACGCUGUCUUUCAUAGUAGCCAUCCUAAUUUUCCAUCCCACCAACAGUGUGUUAAGAGUUCCCAUUUCUCUACAUCAUCGCCAGUCUGUGUUAUUUUUUUGUGUUUUUUAUAGUAGUCAUUCUGACUGGGUUGAGAUGGUAUCUUACUGUUGUUUUGAUUCACAUUUCCCUGUUGAUUUAGUGAUGUUGAACAUUUUCUCAUGUUUGUUGCCAUUUGUAUGUCUUCUUUUGAGAAAUGCCUUUUCCGUUUCUUUGUCUACUUUUUAAUUGGAUCAUGUGGGUUCUUUGCCAUUGAAUUGUCUGAGUUCUUGUAUAUUCUGAAUAUUAGUCCCUUGUUGGAUAGUUUGCAAAUAUUUUCUCCCAUUCAUCGGGUUGUUUUUCAUUCUGUUGAUUGUUUCUUUUGCUGUGCAGAAGCAUUUCAGUUUAAUAUAGUCUCAUUUUUCUGUUAUUUUGUUGUUGCCUGUGCUUUGAAGUCUUAGCUGUAAAAUCUUUGUCUGGACCAAUGUCUUUUAGCAUUUGUCUAAUGUUUUCUUCUAGUAGUUUUAUAGUUUUGAGUCUUAUGUUUAACAUUUUUAAUACUAAUUGGGCUGAGACUUGAAAUGCAUUUUUGGAUCUGCUUUUUUAAUUAAUCAUGUCACAAGCGUUUCACAUACCACUUAUUUUUAUUAGAAAAAUUUAAAACUACAUAGAAAAGGAAAAAGUUGUUUAAUACCCCUCUCUUUAUUAACAAAGAUAAUUGCAGAUUAAUAUUUGAGAUUUACCUUUCAAUUGUGUAUAUAGUAUUUAAGUGUACAAUACAUCUGCAGGAUCAAGAUCGCACAGCACACUUUAGAAAGCAGGUACCACUGUGCCUUAUUUAGUGCCAUAGUCAUAAUUCACUCUCUGGAAAUAUUUUAGGACUCUGGUGAUAAUAGGAAACGCAAAGCAGUGAAAUUAAUCUGCCAGUUUGCUCUUCGGCCACUGAGAAACUAAAUAUAAGGAUCCUUAUUUCUGAGGCUUUUAAUGUUUUGUCGUUGUUUUUGUCAGUAGAUAUAAUGAAAUAGUUGAUUAAUAUUAGCUGUGCUAGUCUUUACAUGUUGACAUUGUUUUCUCGUACAUGAUUCCUGUUCUCUACAACCUCACAGUUUUAAAAAAUGAAAUCUGAUUUUAGCAAAUUUAAAAUAUAAGUGAAAUGUAUUUGGAGGACUUUGUUAUAUAAAUGGCUAAUCCAGAAUAUAAUAUUAUUUUGUAACUAAAAAUGUUACCAAUAAAUCUUUUAGGGUGAUGGAACUAUAGAUGGAUUUUAUGUUCUUACGUUUUCUUCUAUUUUCUGAUUUUUCCAUAGUGAAUAAUGUGUAAUACAAUUUUUAAAUUUAAGACUAUAAUGCUUUUUUAUUUUUUAAAUAAGUAAAGGAACACAGCAAAGGGAAAUAUCUUGCUUUUAAAACUCUUAAUAUGGCUAGCAGAGUACAGUAGUCCCUCCUCAUCCAUGGAGGAUACAUUCCGAGACUCCAAGUGGAUGCCUGAAGCUGGAGAUGGUAUGAAAGCCUGUAUGUACUCUGUUUUUCCUAUACAUACAUACCUAUGAUAAAGUUAAAUUUAUAAAUUAGGCACAGGAAGAGAUGAACAAUAAUAACCGACAAUGAAACAGAACAUUUAUAACAAUAUUGUUAAUAAAAGCUAUGUGUAUGUGCUCUGUUUUUCUCAAAAUAUCUUAUCAUACUCUACUGUAGGAAACUGAAACUUUGGAAAGCAAAAUCACAGAUAAGGGGGAACUAACUGUAGCCCUGUUUUUGUUGCUGACUGUAAUUAUUUUAUGGCAUCGUUUUUUCUAAUCAUGAAAUUUAUAGCAUUAGUUUCUCUGAAUUUUCCAUCAACUUUUUGGUUUAAAUCUGCUAUUCUGAAAAAGAAUCUAUUAAACAUUUUUGAUUUGUGAUGUUUAUUGAUAAUAUUUCCACUGUUGAGUAUUUGUACAACUUGUCUUUUCUUAGAAAAGAUGUAAUUUAUGUAUCCUGGAAAGAAGCCCAAACAUCACUUUAAUACCAGAGUGAAUGUUACUUCAUUUUGUUUAGCAAAAACACUAGCAAAUGCUAGACCACUGGAGUGUUAGGUAACUUAAAAUUGAUGGCGGUGGUGACCUGAGCACCUCAGACCAGGGGUUUACCCACAUCUCAUCUAGUACUCACUAACAUCUAGGUUAGUGAGUACUUUCAGGUGAUAAGAUUAUAAAAAGUAAACAUGACUUAAAAUAGUUAUUUAGCCAGGGUGCGAUGACUCACGCCUGUAAUCCCAGCACUUUGGGAGGCCGAGGCGAGCGGAUCACCUGAGGUCGGGAGUUCGAGACCAGCCUGACCAACAUGGAGAAACCCUGUCUCUACUAAAAAUACAAAAUUAGCCGGGCGUGGUGGCACAUGCCUGUAAUUCCAGCUACUCGGGAGGCUGAGGCAGGAGAAUCGCUUGGACCCGGGAGGUGGAGGUUGUGGUGAGCCGAGAUGGCGCCAUUGCACUCCAGCCUGGGCAACAAGAGUGAAACUCUGUCUCAAAAAAAAAAAAUUCAGAAAUGAAACUUUACAUUAUGUAGUCCAGCUAUUAAUAGUAGGAAUGCCUUUCAUCCUUUCCGCUUGUGAAGUGGAGCGAUGUGGGGAACUUCACAGAAACUUGUUUUCAAAUUGCAUCAGAGGCCAAGGAGCAGCUGCUACUCCUCCUAUGUAAAGGAACACAGAAAGACACUGUCAUAUAAAAUAAACUGAAAAUGAGAUUUUUCCCAUAAGUCUUUUUUUUAUAUUAUGUAGAUAAUUUAGAGGGAAGAGAAACAAAUGAUUGUAGCAUAUUAUGUAGGGGGGGAAAUGAACUCAUUAUAGAAUAUCACUAAUUUAAAUAAUUGUCUAUUAAUGCCCCAAAUAAGUUUGAAUCGCUUUUAGUGCACAUUGAAGUUCACAUUUAGGUAUGCACUUUUGUGAUUAUAUUUUAAGAUGGAGGGUAAGCCUCUUAUUUCUUACUGAUUUAUCUUCGUAUAGUCUAGAUACCAUAUGUUUAUAUGCCGUGUGUUCUUUAUAGUAACAACAGAAUAAUUAGGAAGGUAUUUGCGAGAUUUUUGAAACAAUGGCUUUCAUUUGAAACCUGCAGUAUUAUUCUUUAAGUAUUGCCUUUUUUUUUUUUUUUUUCCUGAGACAGGGUCUUACUCCAGUUGCCCAGGCUGGAGUGCAGUGGUGCGAUCUUGGUUCACAGCAGCCUUGACCUCCCGGGCUCAGAUUACCCUCCCACCUCAGCCUUCUGAGUAGCUGGGACUACAGGAGCAUGCCACCGUGCCUAAUUUUUUGUAUUUUUAGGAGAGAUGGGGUUUCACCAUGUUGUCCAGGCUGGUCUCGAACACCUGGACACAAGCAGUUUGCCUGCCUCAGCCUCCCAAAGUGCUGGGAUUACAGGCAUGAGCCACCGCGCUUGGCCAAUAUUUGCCUUUGUACUGUUGAAGGACUGAGGGACUGAAUUUAGAUGUAGAAGAUGAAAUAAUCGGCUUUCCAUUCAAGGAAUCAGUGUCUUGUGGUGCAGACAGGUGUGUAGACAACCAGUGCAUCAGUGGCCACUGAAUGUUGUGAUAAAGGGAAGAUCCUGGGGAGAGAGAACUGGCUCAAACUGGCAGGAAGAUGCAGAAGAGGGUCACCAGGGAAGGCUUCCGAGGAGGCGAUGGUGAUGCCUGUGCUCACCCUCCGGUCAUAAGUUGGAGUUGCCUAGUAGAGGAAGGCUGAGAAACCUGUGGUGGAUUGUGGGACCAGCACAUCCUUUGGCAUGACUGAAACAGAGGGCACGUGGAGUGGAGCAGCUGUGGGACAGCGGGGAGCUAGAACGUGGAAACACGGAUUUUACUUGAUUUGUUAAAAAUCAGAGUUUGAAUCUUGUGCCUUGUAUAAACUUUGCUGUCAUGUUGGUUGGGGGGAUUUAUUUAUUCUUGAUUAAAGCAAGUUUUAUAUUUUAAUUUAAUUUUUUAAGACAGGAUCUCACUCUGACAGGGUCAAGCUGGAGUACAGCGGUGCGAUCAUAGCUCACUGCAGCCUCGAACUCCUGGGCUGAAACGAUCCUCCUGCCUUAGCCUUCCAAGUAGCUGGGACUAUAGGUGCAUGCAGCCAUGCCUGCCUUUUUUUUUUUU